AUGGCCCCCAAAGCUGCUGAGAAGAAACCUGCCUCGACCGCCGGCAAGGCCCCCGCAUCCAAGGCGCCCGCUGGCAAGGCGCCCGCCAAGAAGGCUGUAAAGAAGGCCCCCGCUGCCGAUGGUGACAAGAAGAAGAAGCGCAAGGUCCGAAAGGAGACCUACUCGUCGUACAUCUAGUGCGUACUUUGAGAUUGGCUCUUCCGAGCUCGAGGCCCAGCCGCUGACCCCUGAACUCGGACUCGAUCUCGCGCCUCGCCUGCCUUGGCCCGUCCACAGCAAGGUGUUGAAGCAGGUCCACCCCGACACCGGUAUCUCGAACAAGGCGAUGCUGAUCCUCAACUCGUUCGUCAACGACAUCUUCGAGCGCAUCGCCACCGAGGCGUCCAAGCUCGCGGGCUACAACCGCAAGUCGACCAUCUCGUCGCGCGAGAUCCAGACCUCGGUCCGAUUGAUCCUCCCCGGAGAGCUGUCCAAGCACGCCAUCUCGGAAGGCACAAAGGUCAGUUCUUUCGUAGUGCGGCUGGAUUUUCUCUAGCCUGCGACCACGCUCACUGACAUCCUUCUCCAUUUGAAUACUCCAGGCCGUCACAAAAUUCUCGUCGGGAUCUAAGUAG